AUGACAAUCUCGUUGAAUCCUUUGUAAGAGGAAGAGAAGGUGCAUAUUUUUGAUUGUACUAAAAUCAAUUCUCAUCACUUAAAUAAUUUAAGAUAAAGAGCAACAAGAAUGAUUAAGGUAUUGUAAAGGUAUCUGCCUGAAAAAACAUAAUUUGUUGAAUAGAUUCUGAAUCCCCUCAAGGAGCAAUACGUAAAUGCACCUGAUCUCACUAAUCAAUUACAAUCUUACCUAUCGAAUUGUGGAGAGAAGAUUGACACUAAAGAUCUGGGGGCAUUACUGUCCAUAAUUCAAUAUAAUAAUUUAUAAGUUCCAAAAGACAUGGUGGGCUUUUAUGUUUAUGAAGAAGGAGAUGAUGACUUUUAUGAGAGAUGCUCUUAGAAGAGAAAAGGUCCUGCUCCUUUGAACAAGGCUGUAGAGUUAUCUCUACCUGCUCAAGACACUCAAAAAUCUUCUUUCUAUGAUCCAGGAUUUGGAUUAUCAUCUUUAUCUAAUAAAUUUUCUCCUGAAAUGGGUCAAAUGUUAUAAAAAGUGGAGUAAUGUAUCUUUAAGGCCAGUGCUCGACAAUAUGAUGUCUACAAUUCCUUCGAUAAAGACAAAGAUGGUUUCAUCUCUCAUGAGGACUUGAAAAGGAAACUCUAAGAAUUGCAUAUUUUAUCAAAUGACGAAGAAUAAUUACUCAUUCAUUAUCUGGAUCCAGAGAAGAAGGGUUCAGUCAACUUUUAAGAGUUUUCAUCUAAGUUGUACCCAGGAAUGACAUUAUACGAUAGCAAGGGAUGUGUUGGAGUAGUUCCUUCUCUUUAUCCUGCCAAAGAGAGAAAUGAAAAUAUGAAGACUAAAUUACCACAAAUAACUAGAUCAUUUGAGGAGACUUCAUAGAGCAUGUAAUAAUUAAAAGGAGCAACUCGUUUUGGAGCAACACCACAGCAUAAAAACACUUUUUUAAAUGUUUAAAGACCUCCUUAGGAUUCUGCUCUAUUUUUGAAUGAAGAUGGAAGAUUUGAGAAGAAUGCUCGUUUGCGAUAUUUGAAGGAAGACCAGGAGAAGGAGAAGAACAUCUAUGAGAAUAAACUGAAUCGAAUUCGAAAGCACCAAAAUGACAUAUAAGAGCGAAUCGAGUAGAACUAUUAAAUGACACUAUAGAAAGAUAAUGAAAAGUGUAAGGCGAAAGGAUUGGCAGCAUGGAGCUAUGAAUAGAGAGCUCAUAUGCAAAAUGAAUGGAAAUGA